UUGACAUUUAAGCUAUCACUGUCUAGCCAAAGUACCGAAGGAUGUGAUGAAAAAUUUAUCAGCAGAUGCAUGAUGACGGCCAAUCAUCUUUCUCUUCAGUCCCUAAGGGCAGCCAGUCAAGCCAAAGAUAUGGCUGAAAAGAGGUCAGAAGUGCGAAGGAAGAGUCUAAUUAUCCUGGUCCAUCACUAUUUAGAACAAGAAGGGUAUUAUGCAGCUGCCAAGUCCCUCGAACAAGACGCCAGACUGAAGGAACAGUUUGCCGUCUGCGACAGCGUCGAUCUGUCAGGCAUCCUGCAGGAGUACGAGGCCUGGCACGUCAUGAAGUUUCAGAAAUACCCGAAGCUGGCCAAAAGAGUGAUAGGACCAAGACCUUCCCCAAAGCCUCACAAAUGCUCUCACCAUGACGAGGAAAAUUUGGCUCCCAAGAAAGAUUUGCUGGCUACCAGGAAGAGUCCUCUCUUCAGGAGGCGAUCACUUCCCCGUAAGGCAGGAUCCGGCGGGAGCAUGGGUCGCGCCGUCAGCGACCCAACGCUCAGCGACGAGACUUCCAGCAUCGGCGACCAGUCCCUUCCCAGAACGAGAACCAGCACCUCGAGAGGCCGGAGCAUUGACAACAAGAAGAGAGAGGAACUGAAGAGAGCGCCACUGGUCGGCCGCAGGGUUCCCGGAAGUGGCGGUUUGCUGCGAAGUCCCGGCGACGAGAAGAAGGAUCCUUCGAAGUCUUCCUCGGACACUGACAGCGAGAGAGGAUGCGGCAAUCUGGGGCCUGUCAGAACGAACAAGGUGCCAAGGCAAAUUCUCGACCUGAAACAGAUGAUAAACGACUACACCCGUUUAGAAGACAAUAUAGGUGACAUUGGAAAAGGGCCACCCUCUCAGAAUCCGACGGACCAACCAACAGAGGAAGAAGAACCAGACGACCUACUGGACGACAAGGCCUUCAAGCUUCCAAUUCCAGUGCCCCAUCUCACUGGAGAAUUCAGGGACUUGGCUAACAUCAUCCACAGAGAAAUUCUGGUGGAGAAUCCAGAGGUCAAAUGGUCGGACAUCAUCGGCGUCGAAGACGCCAAGAGACUAGUCAAAGAAGCUGUCGUCUAUCCUCUCAAAUAUCCUCAACUCUUCGUCGGGAGAUUCAAGCCCUGGCGAGGAAUUCUCCUCUACGGUCCUCCGGGAACAGGCAAGACCCUCCUGGCGAAGGCUGUGGCGACUGAAUGCCGUACAACGUUCUUCAACAUAUCAGCAACAACUCUCGUGUCCAAGUGGAGAGGAGAUUCCGAGAAACUUGUCAGGGUUUUGUUCGAGAUGGCUCGAUUCCACGCGCCCUCCACUAUUUUCGUCGACGAAGUGGACGCCCUGAUGGCUUCCAGACAAGGGGACCAAGAGCACGAGGCUUCCAGACGUAUGAAAACGCAGCUGCUGAUGGAACUCGAUGGCCUGACGCAGGCCAACGACCGAGUGUUCCUCUUAGCAGCGUCGAAUAUUCCAUGGCAAUUAGACCCAGCGAUGCUUAGGCGUCUAGAGAAGCGGAUCUUGGUGCCCCUGCCCGGCAUGGAAGCCAGGGAGAGCAUGAUAAGACAUCACCUGCCAGAGAUUAUACCUGACCUAGAAGAGUCAGGUCACUCGAUUUACACUCAUCUUGAUUACGAAAAAUUAGCCCAGAUGUCCGAAGGCUACAGCGGGUCUGACAUUCGAGUUGUCUGCAGAGAGGCUGCGAUGGGGUGCCUGAGAAAAAUAUUUAACGUCCUAGAGGACCACUCAGUGGAGGACUCCGAGCUGCCUGAUCUGAAACUGGACGCCAUCACUAUGCCAGACGUGGAAGCAGCCUUAAGCAGGACCAAACCUACUCAGAGUAACUCCAAGGAGUACCAAGAGUGGCACUCGAAAUAUGGAUCCACCUGAAUCUCUCAUAUUUUCAUCUACGCUCAUUUUAGACUUUUAAAAUUUUGCGCUCGGGGAGUUCCUCUGUUUCUAACGUAGCUACCAGUGGGACGAAGAACUCAGAAGAAACACAAAAAUCAACAGCAGCUGUCCUCAGAGAGAGAGAGAGAGAGAGAGAGAGAGAGAGGAGCACUGUCUUCUUUUUCGAUUCGUUCAAAGCAAACGUUAAUCUUCCACCGACAUUGAUUUACUUUCUCUUUCUUUAAUCUUAGUCUGUAAAUAAGAAACCCAGUCUUAUUUCUCUCGAUCAGAGUUGGACCAACCGUUGCAGGAAGCGAGACUCCAACUCCGUCCUGGAGUUUGAGCUUCUCGGGGAAACCAAGGUUUAUAGACCUAAGGGAGAACAGCGUAUGAAAAUUGCGUUUACAGCCAACAUAGUGGUUCUCAACUGGUGGGCCACGGCGGCAUUUAGAUACUUUCUCUUCUCUUAUGGCAUCAACUAAAGCGACCCUUGCCGCACGCGUUUGGCUUCUAAGUCCAAAGUGAGGGACCUUUUAAAAGCAGUGGAAGCAAUUCGUGAUUUCUCACCAAGACAAACUUGAAGUCAUCUGGACCUUCAACAACAUUCUUGAGUGAACCAUUGUUGUUUAGGCUUGUGGGUCUUGACAUGGUAAACCCUCGGCCUAGAACUGCUGAACCAAACCGAUUCAAAUCAUAUUAUGUGCUCGGAACUGUGACUCAAGGAGUCUCAGUCACAUGAACAUAUAUCUACUCUGAUUUUAUUUUCAGCUUUAUAUUUUUCCAAUGGGCAUUCAUUACGGUUCUCCAGUAAAUAAAACGCACUAACCUACCGAGCUCAUUAAAACUUAUCAUAAUUGGCCAAGCAGCAUAUUCGGUGGUAAUGUGUGGGUACAUUUUUGAAAUGUUCAACAGUAAAUAUACACCAUCCAUAUCUUUUAGACUAAUUUUUUUGGAUUUUUUGUUCUUUAAUAAGGAAAUCCCAUUUUUCACUAACUCAUCAGUUUUUUUAGAUUCAAGUUUCUUAUACAAAUUAAAAAUAUGCUGCUUUAUGUCCAAACAAUAAGAAGCUUCUGGGAGUCAAUCAGAACCUCAAAUUCCAGGCAACACAAAUGGUCAGCGGUUCAUAUCUGUCGUUCCAUUGGUCCGUAGAAGGAAGAAUAAAUGGAAGAAUAAGUAAAAAAAAGAGAGAAAAUGUAGUUUAACGGUAUUUCAGAUUUGAUGGACAUUGAAAGGUCUGCAAGCCAUGUCAGCUGAGUCGUAAUAGGGCAUUUCGAGUUUUUUUUCUAUUUUUGUUUUGUUAGCUGGUUUUCAUAGAUAGCUAAAAAAAAAAAAGUAUUUCGGAAUAGCUUUCAAUGUUCGGCUAAGAGAAACCUUCCGAUUCAAUAGUUUUUCUCAUUGCUAAAGUACAGUAGAUUUUAGCCCAGAAAGUUCGUGUCUUCGUACAUAAAAAAUGAUAACAUUUCGACCAAAGUGAAAAUAACAAAUGGCAGUUUCGACUUUUGUUGUCAUUCACAACAUUCCUCUUUGAACUUAUAAUCGCAGAGAGAAGAUUUUGCUGUUUCUAGGUCUAAUGGUUAUGAACAUGGGCGCAGCUAGGGCGGGGUAGGGAUGAGCGGAGGGCGAUUCAUUUUGGCAAGAAGAAGCAAUUCGUUUUAACUAUUAAAAAGCAUAGCAGUUAAGAAAUGCAAUCGAUAAGGUCACGCUGCAACCCACCAAAACGACCUCACUCUCCUUACUGGAGCCAUGGCUACGUCCAUCUUCAUGAGUAAUGUCGUAAUCUUAACAUGUCAUUUUGGUAUUCUGACAGUCAAUGUAAAAAUCAUGUCAGCUGAGAAAUCUUAUAUAUAUAGUUACUGAAUGUCCUCGUGAUGAAAGCUAUUUAGUCUUGUCCUAUAACAGAGUUCGUCUGCAUUAGAGGUAAGGAGUAGGUCGAACUUCUUCCUGACUUUUGUGGAGAGAUAUCACAUCCAUUUUUAUGACAUUCGUGACCCAAAAGUUUCCCCCUAUUCGACUCAAGGACUAAGGAUCAUUAUCCUCUCAGACGCAGUAGUCUCGUCAAACGAUGCGAACAUUUUGAUAGAACUUUGUAUAAUAUCUUUUAUAUGUGUCAAAGUAUGUAAAAAUGGAUCAUGGUGAGAAUGUUAUGCGUUGACCGAGUGUGGUUUUGUACAUACAGUUCUUAAAAGUAUUCCAAAAUACAUUAUUAUCUUAA